AUGGGGAAAAACUCAAAUAAAAGCUCCGUCCUUUUCCAGAAUGGGACACCAACUUUUACAAGGCCCAUACCCAAGAAUUACCAGCAGUUCCUGGUCUUGGCGUUUGCAGUCAGAGAGAUCAACAAGGAUCCGGAUCUCCUGCCCAACAUCACCUUGGGCUUCCAGAUCUAUGACAAUCGUCAUAUUGAGAGGGAGAAUUCCAUAAUCUGCCUCUCCCUCCUCUCCACUCGUGACCGAAUGGUUCCAGGUUAUAAAUGUGACAGGCAGGACACUCUGCUCUCUGUCAUUGGAGGUGACAACCCCAGAUUCUCAAAGCAGAUGGCCACCAUCUUCAGCACCUUCAAGGUCCCACAGCUUGGGGUUGGCUUUGAGUUCUCUCAGGAAGACAGACGAGUUUACCCUUCCUUCUUCCGGAUUAAUCCCAGUGAAUUCCCUGAGUGUGUGGGGUUAGUCCAGCUGCUCCUGCAUUUCCAGUGGAACUGGGUUGGGCUGGUGACCUCUGAAGAUGACACUGGAGAACGUUUCAUCUCAUCUCUGAUGCCAAUGCUGGAGGAGAAGGAGAUCUGCCUGGCCUUCACUGAAAUGUUGGAAGAGGAGAAUUAUGAGAUUCUUCCCUAUUUGAGGAGCAUCCAAUUCAACAACAGUGCUGGAGAGGAAAUCUCCUUCUCAGAGAAUGGACUGGGAUCUCCUCGUUACGAUCUUCUCAACUGGGUUCUCUUCCCCAAUCAAUCUUUUGUCUCAGUGGAAGUUGGACAAAUAGAUCCCAGGGCUCCCCCAGGCCAGGAUUUCACCAUUAACUCCAAUGUCAUCAUCUGGGUCAGAGAGGCAGGAGAGAGGAGGAGAGUUCCAGAGGGUGAAGAGGUUUGCUGCUACAAAUGUGACCCUUGUCCAGAAGGGACCAUUUCUAAUCAGAUAGAUGCAGCCCACUGUGACCCCUGUCAAGAAAACCAGUAUCCGAACAAGGACAAGGAGCACUGCAUUGCCAAGAAGAUCCACUUCCUCAGCUAUCAAGAGACCCUUGGAUACAUUUUAGCUUCUCUGGCACUUUUCCUUUCUCUGAUCACAUCUUCAGUUCUGAUUAUUUUCCGUAAACAUCACAACACACCCAUCGUCAAGGCCAACAACCGAGAUCUCACCUACAUCCUCCUGGUCUCCCUCCUGCUUUGUUUCCUCUGCUCCUUCCUCUUCAUCGGUCGACCUGGAAAGUUCACCUGUCUCUUCCGACAAUCUGCCUUUGCCAUUCUCUUUUCCCUUGCAGUUUCCUCUGUCUUGGCAAAAACUGCCAUGGUGGUUCUGGCCUUCAUGGCCACCAAGCCAGGGAACAAUGCAAGGAAACUCUUAGGAAAACCACUGACCAACUCCAUUGUCUUAGCCUGUCCCCUGGUCCAAGCAGUUCUUUGUGGCACCUGGCUGGUAACCUCUCCCCCAUUUCCCAACAUGGACUUCCAUUCCUUGGUAGGAGAGGCCAUCUUGGAAUGUAAUGAAGGCUCAGCUUCAAUGUUUUAUGCUGUCCUCGCCUAUCUAAGUGUUCUAGCCCUCAUCAGUUUCACAGUGGCCUUUCUGGCUAGGAAAUUGCCUGACAGCUUUAAUGAAGCCAAAUUCAUUACUUUUAGCAUGUUGGUCUUUUGUAGUGUGUGGAUCUCAUUCCUUCCCACCUACCUGAGCACCAAAGGGAAGUCCAUGGUGGCCGUGGAGAUCUUCUCCAUCUUGGCCUCUGGGGCUGGUCUCUUGGCUUGCAUCUUUCUCCCCAAAUGUUAUAUUAUCAUAUUGAGGCCUGAUCUGAAUUGUAGAAAGAACUUAAUGAGGCAGACGAAUCUCUGAUUUAUAUGGAAAUUGGGAACUUUUGUUUUGAUUUUGGGAUUUUUAUUUUUAUUUUUUGUAUUUGAUCUGAUUUCUAAAAAGUGAUAAAAUGAGAGAGGGUCUUGUCCAUUAAAUAGUUAGAAAUCAAAUGAAGUAACUAAUCUCAAGCUAUCUCUUAAUCAGCAACCAUCACCCAGCAACCAAUUUUUAGUUUUCAUUAGUUUCAUUUAUCCCCUCUGAGGCCCCAGAGAUCAACUUGGAAAUAAACAGAUAUUUUAAGGAUGUGGAUAUUCGUUUCUACCACAACAGUUUCCCACUUUAUUUUCAUCAAAAAAAUCUUUAAAUAUAUUUUGGGUUAGGUUCGCUGCAAGUGUUUUUAAGCAUGCUCAUUUCUUUAGAUCUCUGAGAUUUUGUUGAGUUCCUACUAAAUUUUACAUUCAAUGAAGUAUUAGAUUUUUUUUUCAUUAAAAAAAUCUAGAACUUACAUGUGGUACAUUAAUUUACUCUCUAUUAAUUGUGAAAGAUGCUUUAUUAAUAAACAAGAUCAUGUAGAUAUUACUGUGUGUUUCUUAUCCUUUCUGUGCUUCUUACUUUAUUAUCCCUGCAAUGUUUGAAAGGAGCCAGCAGGAGUUUUUCAAUAAGUCAUGUCAAAACAAUUUGGACCUUUGGGGGGGGGUUGGGGGAUAAAAUAAUCAGGUGACUUGACCAUGGGAAUA